AUGUCUACCCCGUUUGACCAAUCAUAUGACACCCAGGAGGAAAUGGCCGAGGCAUUACGUGAUUACGCCAUCUCGCAGGGCUACGUCGUCGUUACUCGCACGUCCAAUCCGGGCCGCAAUUUUCGGAUGAAAUGCGAUCGGGGUGGUAAAUACGACACCAGAUGGUUUAAAGAUAAGCCGGAAGACUACGAACCACUCAAAAAGAAGGGAUCAAUGGUCGAUAAUUGCCCUUUUUGGAUAUAUUGUAUGCGCUCGGCUAAGGCAAAUUCGGAUAAAUGGCAUGGUAAAUGGCACGUGCAACGGUCCCAUCUUGUUCAUAACCAUACAAUCGAUCACACUGAGCUGAUUAACCAUCCGAGGGCUCGGACGAAACGAUUUAAAAAUGAGCACAAAGCAAAGCUUAAAGCUUAUCUUUACGUCGGUACCCCUACCCGGAACACUCUUCAUCUCAUCCGAAAUGAGUAUCCCGACCUUCUUAUCACAUCUCAGGAUCUAUACAACCUAAAUAAGCAAUUUGAACGUGAAAUUGUAGGGAAUAUGACGUCGGCACAAUAUCUUGAGAACCAAUUAAAAGCUGGCAAUUGGUUUUAUGAUAGCAAACAGGACGAAAGUGGUAAUUUGACUUAUCUGGUCUUUGCCCAUCCGAUAUCGAUUGAGUACGCCCGUAAGUAUAAUCGGGUUUUUCUUAUGGAUUGUACCUAUAAGACUAAUCGCUUUCGGAUGCCUCUCUUUCAUCUGAUUGGUCUAUCUCCUUGUAAUACUACAUUUAGUAUUGCUUUUUGUCUGAUGUCAGAGGAAAAUGAGGUAUCCUAUACGUGGGUCCUACAAACAAUAUUUGGCUGGAUCGGUCCGAUAUCUAGCCAUAACCCUACUUUGUGUUCUGAUCGAGAACUUGCAUUGGUUAAUGCAAUUGAUUAUCUGUACCCUGAUUGGUCCCAUUUAUUGUGUAUUUGGCAUAUCAACCAGGCAGUGAUCAAAUAUUGCAAAAAGCUCUUUGUUCGGCCUGAUAAAAAGAAGGCUAAACGAAAUCGGACCGAAGCUGAGCGGAAGCAAGAUGAGAUUGAGGAGGCAGAUCAGCAGAAAGCUUUCAAAUUGUUCUAUUCUGAUUGGCACUACGUGGUUGCGUCACCAAAUAAGGCUGAUUAUGAGCAGAGAUGGGCUGAUUUUGUUUGCUAA